AUGCCGAAAAGAUUGUUAUCCUCACAGUCCCAGUAUACUCUUCAUCAAUUCAAAAAAAAAAAUUGUAUCAAGAAAGCAGACAAACCAUUAGAUGGUUUACGUAAAGUUACUCCUUAUUAUUUUACCUUUAAAACCCACUGCAAAGGCCGAUGGUUUGGAAAACGGCUUAUAGAUGUAUACAGGAAUGAAUUUCGUUUAUAUUCCCCUGAGGAAUAUGAAAGGAAAAUAGAAAAAGGUUAUUUAAGAGUCAAUGAAAAUCAAGUUAAAUUAGAUUAUAUACUAAAGAAUGGGGAUAAAUUACAAAGUAAAGUCCAUCGUCAUGAAACUCCUGUAAAUUCACAUCCAGAUAUUGUAAUACUUAAUAAUGACAAGAAUGUUGUUAUAGUUGAAAAACCUAGUUCAAUUCCAGUACAUCCAUGCGGUAACUUUAGACUAAAUUCCUUGAUGUGUAUAUUAGCUAAGCAAUAUAACAUUAAUAACUUGUAUUCUAUUCAUAGAAUCGAUAGACUAACAUCGGGGUUAGUAUUAUUUGCCAAAAAUUUGGAGACUUUUCAUAAAAUGCAAGGUGAUAUUUUGAAUAAAACUGCCAUAAAAGAAUAUCUUUGUUUGGUUGAAGGCAUAUUUGAUAAGAACAUUGCAAUUUGUAAAGAACCUAUUAAAAUUUUCUCCUAUAAAAUUGGAAUAUCAGCAGUUGUUAAAAAUGCAGAAAUAGAAGGCGCCAAAGAAUGCUCGACUAAAUUUGAAAGGUUGGCAGUCAUAGCAUAUAAUACUUGUCCAUCUUAUGAGUUUACGAAUCUUUAUCACGGCAUAGAAGAGAAUAUCAAAUUUAUGAGUCUGUUAAAAUGUCAACCUUUAACUGGGAGAACUCAUCAAAUAAGGGUACACGCACAAUAUCUUGGACAUCCCAUAAUCAAUGAUCCCUUAUAUAACACAAUCUUAGGCUGGGGACCUUUCAAAGGUAAAUUUUGUGAUUACAAGCGCCCUUUAGACGAUGUAAUAAAAGAUUUAAUUAUAAGUAGCAACCAGGACCCUAUAGAGUUACCUAAAACGGUUGCUACUAAUAACCAAGAUAACAGUAAAGAUAAAUUAAGUAGGGUAAAAGUAAUCAACAAUUUACUGGUCAAAAAUGACACAAAAAGUUUUGAUAAUUCUUUAAGAGAUCAAAUAUCAUUUUAUAGUACAGGUGAGUCUGCAAUCUUCCCACCAUGGUAUGACCCGGAAUGCAUUGAUUGUGUUAAGGAGUUCGAAAAAAUGAAUAUUAAUCCCAAAUUUCAUGAUAUUUUAUCCUCUGGGGAUCAAAUCUUCGAUUUUAAAUAUACCAACGAAUUCCCCAUGUAUUUACAUUGCUUCAAAUACAGUGGUUUGGAUUGGAGUUAUAGCACUAGACUACCUUGCUGGGCUGAUAUAUCUUCUUGUAAUAAGUAUGAAAAGCCAAGCAAAGAAAUCGAAUCGACUGAAUCACACUCCGAUAAUCCCUUCUCUAAUAUAAAAAGCCAUGAAAUAUAUUCCGAUGUUACUUUAAACCUAAAAUCGAUUCACGAAUGUAAUUCUAAGUUAAUCUUCGAUCAGCAUAAUAAUUUUACCGAGAGAGAUAAUUUGUGCCAAGCUAUAUAUCGAUCAAUAAAAACUCACGGUGACUCGGAUAAUUAUCAAAUUGGAGACAAAAUUUUUUAUCUUAAUUCCCGUUCUAUUAAGGGCGAAAUACUUUUCCAAAAAUAUCCUGAUGACUAUAAUCCAUUGCUAAGACAUUUAUCCGCUACGAGAUGA